CUGGGUUCCAGCUAUGAUAUCCAUUACGCCACCAGCCAUGACCACGGCCGAGAUGCUCAACUUUCAAGAGGAUCCGAAGGGCCUGCCAGCCGCAAUAGACAUUGUGAAAGUCAGCAAAGAUUACGAUGAGCUCAUCGCCAUCCAAGACGUGACGCUGAAGAUCUUCGAGAACCAGGUCACAGUGCUACUCGGACAUAACGGCGCCGGGAAGACGACGCUAUUGAACAUGGUCACUGGUGAGACCCCUCGAUGCGCGGUAUAAGGCUUCCGUUGUAGACGCACGUGUACUCGGAACGCUGAGCAUUAAACCACCGUUAUCAGCCUGAUAUUACACACGUGACCUUUUCACUGUUCGGGACAGUAUACUCGGCAUGACGUUACGUCUUUAGCUUAAUUUCU